GUUGUAUUGUAUUUUUAUUGACAAUCAAUGAAAAAAUUCUGUAUAAAUAUAUAUUUUUUUCAUCCUUUAGGAUAUAUUUAGGUAAAAAAAUCUUGUGGCAGUUGACUUCACAAGCCAGUCAAACUAAUGAGAUAUACAUACGUACAGUUUACGCAGAGGUAAUAUCAUAGCCGAUGAAGUUAAUGACACGUCUUCUACUUAUAAAUUAUUAGGCAAAUUCUGUCAAUGCAAAAAUGUGUUACAUUAUAAAUUGUAUCAAACUGUUAGGGAUAACUACGGUGUAAUAAUUAGCCUGAAAUUAUUCAGAAAACUUGCAUAAAAAUUGUAUCAAACUGUUAGGGAUAACUACGGUGUAAUAAUUAGCCUGAAAUUAUUCAGAAAACUUGCAUAAAAAUCGAGCAAAAUUCAGAUAAAAAGGCUUAAUAUUUGUACAGUUAGACAUUUCUGGACGAAAUCAAUGUCGGAAACGCAAGAAAUAGCUUGUGACUAUCAUGAAGACCAAAGCUUCAAAGGAGAAAAGUUAAUAUACCCUGCUGCAUCAAGAAACAAAGAGCCAAUUCUGCAGGUUUUGAAAAGAUUCAUAUUAUGUGACAAUGAUCAAUGUGAUCAUGAAGUUCCAUUAUUUUUGGAAGUAGCCAGUGGAUCUGGUCAACACCUUGCACACUUUGCACCUCAUUUCCCUCAUGUGAAAUUCCAGCCUACUGAAGUGGAUGAGAAUUUACUUGGCAGUAUAUCUUAUUAUGCACAAACUUGCCCAACAAAGAAUAUUUUACCACCAAAGCAAGUUGACAUUUGUGCAAAACUGUCUAACUAUGGUUUUAAAGAAAACAGUAUAGACUACAUUUAUAACGCUAAUAUGAUUCACAUAAGUCCAUAUGAAUGUACAAUUGGCUUGUUUAAAAAUGCAGGUAUGUACUUGAAAAAUGAUGGCCUUAUGAUUACUUAUGGACCAUACAGUAAGGAUGGUGUUAUUACACCUGAGAGUAAUGUGGAAUUUCAUGCAUCACUCAAAUCACGAAAUCCAUUGUGGGGCAUUCGUGACAUUAAUGAUCUUGUUAAAUUAGCUGAACAAAAUAAUUUAUCUCUCAUAGACACUGUGGAAAUGCCAGCUAAUAAUAAAACACUGGUUUGGAAGAAGGAUUAAUGCAAUAAAAAAUAAAUGCUAAUAUUUGUAGGUUUUCAUUUUAAAAACUAGGUUUACUACUGCUAACAUAAAUUAAAGUUUAUGUUCUAGAUUAUUUACUUACCUAAAAUGUCAUAGACAUAGCAUUGAAAGAUUCUCAGGUAAAAAUUUUAUGUUACACUUUUUGUAACUAAGUAUUUUGUAAUGUUUAGUAAGUCUUUGUAAUAUUUUUUAAUAUGUUCCUCUUGUUUAUUUUAUUACCAAUCUAUCUCUACUGAAUAAAAUAAACAGCUAUCAUUCUAUAUUAUUACAAGUGUUGUUUUACACCAACAAUUUUGGAACAUUACCUACAAUACAAGACUUUAGUAUAAUGCAGUCAUAAAGAUGUUUAAUG